AUGUCCUCUCUGCGACAUGCCAUGCCCGUCGUCUUGGUCCUGGCGCAUGCCGUCCUGGCGCUGGCACUCCAGGGCGUCGCCGCUGGUUCAGGCGAGGUCCCGGCGGUGAUUGUGUUCGGCGACUCCACCGCUGACACCGGCAACAACAACUUCAUCCAGACCGUAGCCAGGGGCAACUACGCUCCGUACGGGCGGGACUACGCCGGCGGCGUCGCCACCGGCCGGUUCUCCAAUGGCCGCCUCCCCGCCGACUUGGUCUCCGAGGCGCUGGGCCUGCCGCCCUCCGUGCCGGCGUACCUCGACCCGUCCCACACCAUCCACCAUCUCGCCUCGGGCGUCAGCUUCGCCUCCGCAGGCUCCGGGCUGGACAACAUAACCGCGCAAAUCCCGUCGGCGAUGACCCUGGGCGAGCAGAUCGACCACUUCAGGCAGUACACGGAGCGGCUGAGGCGGGCGAGAGGCGAGGCGGCGGCGCGCCGCAUCAUCGCCGGCGCCCUCUACAUCUUCAGCAUCGGCGCCAGCGACUUCCUGCAGAACUACCUGGUGUUCCCCGUGAGGGGCUACAGCUUCACCCCGCCGGAGUACGAGGCGUACCUCGUCGGCGCCGCGGAGGCGGCCGUGCGGGCCGUGCACGGGCUCGGCGCGCGCGCGGUCACCUUCGCCGGCCUGCCGCCGCUGGGGUGCCUGCCGCUGGAGAGGGCCGUCAACCUCCACAGCCCCGGGGACUGCAACGGUGCGUACAACAUGGCGGCCGUCAGCUUCAACCGCAGGCUCGAGGGGAUGCUGGGCAGGCUCGGCCGGGAGCUGCCCGGGGCGCGGGUGGCGUACGUCGACCAGUACGGCCUCCUGUCGGCCAUGAUCGCCAGGCCGUGGGAGUAUGGGUUUGAGAACUCGGCCCAAGGAUGCUGCGGCAGUGGCACGGGGUAUGUGGAGACGGGGGGCGCGCUGUGGAGCUUGGAGAGCGCGCUGGCGUGCGACGACGCCGGCAAAUACGUCUUCUUUGACGCCGUCCAUCCGUCGGAGAGGGCGUACAGGAUGAUAGCCGGCGCCAUCCUGAAUGCCACGUCCCACCCGCGCUCGCACCGCUUCCGCUGA